CAGAGAACAACAUAAUCAGUAACACAUACACACUUUAAAGAAAAGAAAACAUACAAAACAGACUUAAAAUAAGAAACUACAGGCCGCGCACGACUGUGACUAGUACCUACUAAAUUGCAAGUUUUAUUUUUUCCAGAGGUUCAUAUAGUUAGUUCAGUGCAUAUUUGUUGUCACUCGGAACAGUUUCAGGGCUCAGUGCGGCGGCCGUGCUGUGUCAGGAAGCAGCAUCUCGCGUAGAAGCACAACAGAGGAGUCACAGAAUAUAUAUAUAUAUGUAUAUAUUUUAAUAUUCUGUGGGCGACAAUCGCAGACAGUCUUCAGGAGGAUGAGAAAUAAAACACACAUGCUGUAAAAGGUUAUUCUGAAAAAGAAACUACAAUGGAAAAGUCAUGGAGGUUGUGGACCAUUGCUCAAAAAUGGUUUUUAAAUUUGGCAUCGUGGUCCUGGGGGCUGUGCCGCAUCUCACUGCUGGCUCUGAUAUUAACUUUUCAUCUGUACGGUGGCUUUAUGUUACUUGCACUGAUACUUGCUUCGGUAGCAGGUAUAUUGUACAAAUUCCAAGACGUGCUGCUGUAUUUUCCCGAUCAGCCUUCCUCUUCUCGCUUGUAUGUUCCUGUGCCUACUGGGAUCCCACAUGAAAACAUCUUUGUAAAAACCAAAGACGGUGUACAUCUUAAUCUCAUCCUGCUUAGAUACACUGGUGACAAUCCAGCAUUUUCACCCACUGUUAUCUACUUCCACGGGAAUGCUGGCAACAUUGGUCACCGGAUACCCAAUGCACUGUUAAUGCUGGUCAACUUGAAGGUGAAUGUAAUACUGGUUGAUUACAGAGGUUAUGGCAAAAGUGAAGGUGAAGCAAGUGAAGAUGGGCUGUAUUUAGAUUCCGAAGCUGUGCUGGACUAUGUCAUGACCAGACCAGACAUAGAUAAAACUAAAAUCAUUUUGUUUGGCCGCUCAUUAGGAGGAGCAGUAGCUGUCCACCUGGCAUCUGAAAAUCCCCAUCGGAUCUCUGCCAUAAUGGUAGAAAAUACAUUUCUCAGCAUCCCCCACAUGGCCAGUACUUUGUUUUCUUUCUUUCCAAUGAAAUAUCUUCCACUCUGGUGCUACAAAAAUAAAUUCCUGUCCUACAAUAAAAUUGCACAAUGCAGGAUGCCUUCGCUUUUCAUCUCUGGACUGUCUGACCAGCUGAUUCCACCAGUCAUGAUGAAGCAGCUGUACGAACUUUCUCCGUCUCGGACUAAGAGGUUUGCCAUAUUUCCAGAUGGCACUCACAACGACACCUGGCAGUGCCAAGGAUACUUCACAGCCAGUGAACAAUUCAUGAAAGAACUUAUUCAAAACCAUUCUCAAGAAGAAACAAUGAUAGCAGUGUCAAAUGUAACAAUUAUAUGAUUUGGGCUUUCUGAUAAUGCAUCGUUUUGUGAAAAGUGGUAACAGAAUGUAACUUUUUAUGUGUAUUUUGUGGGGAUGAGAUUAAACUCAAAAUGCCAUUUAUGGACCUUCAUUUUUCUUCUCUAAGGUGAAGAAUGCAUGAGUGUUCCUUUCUGAUUUGAAAAGAUUUUUCAAGAGGUUUAUUUCAAGAACAGUUAUUUUUAUUAAACAACACGUACAAAUAUUACUAAAGCUUUCAUGAUUUGCUUGAAAGGUGUUUUUAAAUGACCUGAUGUUGGCUCAAAUGCUUACCUUGCUAAAAUAUUGCUUGAUCUCUCUGAUAUUAACAUUAUUUUUAUACAAAUAUCAGGAUACAUAAUAAUUCUCUGCACGUCUUCCAGGGAAUAAAACCAUACAAAAAUAAAGUAAUGCUUUUGUUUAUCUCUUAAUAAAAUAAAUUGCUGUAGUAAUGUAUUCAGCCAUUAAAACAAAAUAUUAUGUAUUUUAUGAAUACUUUUGUCUAAAGCAUUGCACAGAUUUUCUUUUCUGUUUUAUAAAAAAAGGUGUGAUUUUACAGGUGUGAUUAAGUUACUGUAUGUGGCUCAAAGAAACACAUCUAAUCUUAAUUACUCCUUCCCUCCUAAAAUCAGUUGGUCAUAAAUUUGACAUGACGAAUGCAAUUAGCAAGGAUGUUCUUGCUUUGCUCUACAGUGCAUACAAGUUUGCCAACAGGUUUGGUAGUACAUGGAAGUAAUUUAUGUACAUACUAUAAUAUUAGCUGUUUUGAAUGUGAAUUGUAGCCUUACAGAAAUAUUGUAUACUAAAAUGCCAUCACUGCUGCUGUACAGCCCCUACAGAAUUCAGAAGUGUAAGAGAACACUUCCUUAUUCUUUAUUCAUUCAACCACAAAAUUCAUCUUGUGAUAUUGAUGAAGCUUCAUUAUAUAUAUAUUUUCAUGAUUGCUGACAUUUUUUUUUUUUUUUUUUUUUUUUUUUUAAAUUUAUCACCUAGCCCCUCAUCUGAACUUUGAUUCCUGUGCACACCCAGUGCUUAGUAAGUAGUUAAGUAAACUACAAAUGAAAGUUAUGCAAUUUUUUAUAUUACGGUUGUAUUUAAAAAAAAAAAAAAAAUAUUUAUUUCAUUACACUCAGCAUUGAAAUUGCAUAUCUGUGUGGUUUGUUUUGGCAUGUACACUUAUUCUUAUUAGUUAAAAAAAAAAAAAAAAAAAAAAAAAAAAAGAUUUAUUUAAUAAACAGCCUGGCAGAAUUACAAACAAACAUCCAAUGCGUCCCUUUAAAUUUACAGUAUUGUGUAUUCUGAUUGUGUGUAGAGUAGUUCUUUACUUCUGGGUUUCAGUGUGAUUGAAGUUUAGGGAUUUCCAUUGUGUCAUAUAUUCUAAGAAACAUAACUUUUGUUGUUAUUGCCUCUUUGUAUUUAUGGUCAGUCACCAUAAAUUGUGUUCUGUGUGUAUGCUAACACAAGAGCUCUUUCACUGCAUCGAAAUCAUAAUGUGUGAUUUUUCUACUUUCUAUUUGCUGUACUGUUACAUGCAAUAAAUUAUUUAAAUGGUCUUUUGUAUCUAUUCUGAUAGUACUGCUCUUUCAUAGUUUUCAAAGAUUUUGUUAUGUUGUAAAUAUCAGACUUAUCAUUAACUGGCACCAAAUGCAUUCCCAGUAAAGAAAUACAAUUAUGAAAGCAUAUGCAUGACACUAAACGCAGUGCGCAGGUUUCUACUGUAAUUCAGGUGAAUUAAAAAAGCUGUUCAUGCCAAUCACUUAAGACUUCAAUAUUAUUUAAGUGCUCUGUAAGUAGACAGUGUAAUCAUUAUGGUUGCAGGAUCACACUGCUGGAUGUAAUUGUAAUGUAAUUCAAACUGAGUUUGAAAAAGCAACGAAUGGAAUGGUUCAUGUUGUAAGGACUUGACAGUGUUUAGAAAAUAUAUCUUAAAAUCUCUUUUGCAGGUAGUGUAGGGAAUUGAAUCCAGAGUACAAGCAGAUGCUCUCUUCUGAGUCAAUAUAAUUGGGGUAAAGGUUUUUAGUAGUAAGGAAGGCAGUUAUCCAAGUAGCGCAUCCUCUAGGUCUCUGUGUUACUGUAUAUGAUAAGUGCUUUGUUGCUUUUAAAUAUCCUGGGUU